CUGCUACCAACGAAUGACCGGAGUAUCGCCUCUGGCCUUGACGCAACUGCUCCAUCAUCACCAGCCCGCCAUCGCUGGUACCAUGGAUAGUGAGGAGCCGCCAUGAUGAAACCGACGACAACUUCUCUCCUCGCGCUGCGCCCACGCGCGUGCGCCGCCGCUCCUCCGUCGCUUCGUUCCGCGUUCCUGACGAGAUCGUAUGCGACACAACAAGGCCUCGGAACGACUGCCAACCCGGGCCCCCGGCGGCGAAGCGUCACGCCCUUUAAUGACGACGGCUACGUCCCUUGGAGCGAGCUCUCGGCGGCGGAAAAGACGGCAAGGGCAACGCAACAGAGUUUCAACUUUGGCAUGAUUCUUGUGGGAGUGGUGCUAACGGGAGCCGUUGGAUAUUUCCUCUGGACCGAUGUAUUUUCCCCAGACAGCAAGAUCUCUCAAUUCAACCGAGCAGUCGACAAGAUCAAGAAGGAUGCCAGGUGCAUCGAGCUGCUCGGUGAUUCCAAAAAGAUCAUCGCCCACGGCGACGAAACGUUCAACAAAUGGCGACGAGCUCGUCCCGUUGCGUCGUCUGAGAGAACUGACCCACAAGGAAAUGAGCAUCUGGUGAUGCAUUUCCAUGUUGAUGGUCCGUUGCGAAAUGGCAUUGCGCAGAUGCACAUGAUCAGACGCCGAGGCGAAAGCGACUUCGAGUACAAAUACCUCUUCAUCGACAUCAAAGGGCAUGAGAGAAUAUACCUGGAGAACGCUGAUGAUAAGCCAGCUUCGGGAAAGAAGCAGCUAAGCUUCUUCGGCGUAAAGUGGUAAUGAUGCCACGACUCCAUCCCUGCAAAGACAAGAACGUUGCCUGAAAAGGGUGCUGUGAGCGCUUGUCUGAUGCCUGUAUUCAAACCCGCUGGACACCAAGCGUGAAGGCACAUCGGUACUGCAACUCUCUCGCCAGCUCGACCGGCUUGCUAUGCCGCACGUCCCCCAGGAUAGCCUGGCACGAAUGCCAACUGCCCUCAGCCUGUGCGGGAAGAUCGCCUCAGCCGGACCGACCCGGGGAAUGCUGGAAAGUAUCCAGGUGGCCAUUCCUCUCAUGCCCAUUGGCGCAGGCGAUUCAAUAUUCGAAACGUCUGUACAUAGGGCGGCUGUGUCAUCUAUUGCACUUAGAAAGCCAUACUCAUGUAUACUGUCAUCACCUCAACGGAACUAGCAUGAGUCUUGCGAAGUAGAAGCACACUAGACGUUCAUUCUAGUAGCAAUUAUCUCAAUGGAAAGAAUAUCCACGGAGAGAACGUCGUGGCUUUCAAUGAACUAUCGAGUUUGAAGUUCUCAACGUAUUCAUCAUGAGGGC